ACAGGUGUUUACACCCCAACCACAACAGAAACAAGUCAUGUGAGUGCCUUUCUUUACAUAAUGGGACAUCAUUGGACUACAAAGUGGUUUUAAGGGCUAUGCCAGCGCCGUUUGCAUCAUUUCAUCAACUUUAGUUCUUUCUGAAAGAACUGAAAAUGACCUCUUUGAUUCUGAGGAGUUUGUUACUCGUUGCAGUGGUUGCAAUCUCGUCCGGAAAUGGAGUGCGGUAUACGGCCAAUUGGACAAGUAUCGACUCCCGGCCGUUACCGGUGUGGUACGACGAGUCGAAGAUCGGUAUUUUCGUUCACUGGGGGGUAUUCUCCGUGCCCGGGUACGGCCAGUUCAGUGAGUGGUUCUGGCAGUGGUGGAGAGGCGCACAUCGAGCAGACGAGGUUGAGUUUAUGAAGAAAAACUACCCUGUGGGUUUUACAUACGCAGAUUUUGCGCACGAUUUUAAAGCGCAGUUCUUCGACCCUGAUGACUGGGCUGAAAUAUUUGAAGCUUCUGGAGCCAAGUAUGUGGUGUUCACAUCCAAGCAUCACGAGGGCUUCUGUAACUGGCCGUCUGCAGACUCGUGGAACUGGAACUCUGUGGACAUUGGACCACACAGAGACCUGGUGGGAGACCUGGCAGCUGCCGUACGCAAGAGGAAGGGACUGCACUUUGGCCUGUACCACUCCCUGUAUGAGUGGUUCCAUCCACUUUACCUGAAGGACAAGGCUUCCGGGUACAAGACCCAGGAGUUUGUUUUCCGGAAAGCUCUUCCUGAGCUGGUUAACCUGGUGAUGACCUACAAGCCAGAACUGAUCUGGUCCGAUGGGGAUUGGGAAGCUCCUGACACCUACUGGAACUCAACAGAAUUCCUGGCCUGGCUCUACAACGACAGUCCUGUCAAGGACUUUGUGGUGGUCAAUGACAGAUGGGGGAAUGGUUGUUACUGUAAACAUGGAGGUUACUACAACUGUGCCGACAGGUUCACGCCAGGCUCUCUGCCUAACCACAAGUGGGAGAAGUGCCAGUCCAUCGACAACCGCUCCUGGGGUUACCGAAGAAACAUGAAGCUCAUUGAGCUGAUGGACUUGCCCACCAUCAUAACGGACAUGGUGUACGUGGUGGCCCUGGGUGGUAACUACCUGCUGAACAUAGGCCCCAUGGAGGAUGGUAUGAUCUCCCCUCUCUUUGAGGAGAGGCUGAGGGGCAUGGGGGCCUGGCUGGGGGUCAACGGAGAGGCCAUCUACUCCUCCAAACCCUGGAGGGUCCAAGGGGAGAACACCACCGUGCCAGUCUGGUACACCUCGAAGAACAACACAGUCUAUGCCAUACUACUAGAAUGGCCUUCCAAACUUCUGUUUGACCUCGCAGCACCCAAAACCUCUGCGGACACUAAUGUCACUAUACUGGACGACCCGUCCGUACCUCUGAAGUGGGUCUCAACGGCGCCAAGCGGACUGGUGGUACUCAUGCCUGACAUCAUGCCAGUUUCCCCGGGGCGAGGCUGGGUCCUGAAACUAGAGGGAGUGGUGUGAGAGGCGGUGUAUAUAAAUGUUUUUUAAAUUAUUAUACAUUAAGAUAGUAUGACUGUUCAUGGCUAAAUUGUAAGUUUCAGGGGUUGAAAUGUACUUUUUUUUUAGGAUUCUGACACUGGUUGAUUUUGUGUGAGUCAGCUAAAGACUAGCGACCUUGACUGUGCAAUAAUGGCAGCUCUGCAGCAUCCCUAUCAACAAUGGCCUCCUUUAAAAAAAUAUAUAGAUAAGAAAAACAAACCAAACAUUUCGUUAUGUCCUAUUCAGCUACUUGAGGCAAAUAUGAAGGAGACUCAUUAUGUCCAGCAGUAAGGACCAAAUAUUGGAUGUUCAAAAAUGACACAACCAAACAUAGUUAUUUAUUUUCUGGGUUUGGUGGAAAUGUGUAUUGCAACAGGGUGUAGAAAGGGAACGUUCCACUUUUCACGACAAUCUGUGUGUCGGCUUCUUGUGCCUUUUUUUUUUUGGUGUGUGUGGACAAUCUUUAUUUCGUGUCAAACUGACAUGACAAUGUACUGUCAUUUUUUUUUAUAGGUUAUGUGAAUGAAUGUAAAUGUGUUUUUAAUUGUUUUGAAUUACCAGUAUGUCUUUACAUUUUUAAUGCUGUUUCUCCUUGUAGCUACAAUUUUAUUUGAACUCUAUAAAAAUGAAGCCCUUAUCUGAUUUUUUUUUUUACCACAAUAAAAAGGUAGAUCAACAGUC